AGUCAAUCUGGAAUCCAGGUGGGAAAGGGGGCGGGGCAGGGAGGAGGCGCGAGGUGGAGCUGAGGAGAGGGCAGGCGGGAGUGCGGCCUGCCUGGGUCGCGUCCCGCCUCCUUGGGGUUGCGGCCGAGAGCCCGCACCUUGCCCGGCCCCAGGGAACGCCGGCCCCUCUCGGCCUCCAGCGAGGGGCACGAAGGAGGCGGCGGCGAAGGGGUUAAGGUUCCGAGGCCGCGCCGGGUCUUGGGCUGCUGCCAGCGCAGGUUGUUUUGACCACGGAGGAGCCGUCGCCGUCUCCUUUUGUUCUCGGGGCUCCUCGGGCCGCCGGCCGCCCGCCCCGGGGCCCCGCCCUUCCGCGGCCGCCCCCCCCCCCCCAACCAGCGUCCUGCACCCGGGACGGAAGGCGCGGGGCUCGGCCUGGCGGGUCUGCAGGCUCCUCCCGAUGCCCCUUCCCCUCCUCUCCCGCAGCCUCCCGGGCCGCAGCCAGCUGUUGGGGCGGGGGGCGCCGGCCGGCCCCAGCUGCCGCCUCGCCUCGUCGCGGGGCCCGAGUGCUGGGCCGGGUGCCAGGGCGUCCUGGGAACGGCGGGCGCCCCCACCCAGCUCUCCGCAGCCCACCCCGCCCGGCCCCCCGACGCGCUCACUCACCCCACGCAUGCACACUCCUGGCCGGAGGCAAUGCCGCGCUCCGGCGGGCGGGCGCGCAGAGCGGCGGGCACGCACUACCGCGGCCAGGUCGCGCGCCCGCCGCCGCCACGCCCGUGCAUACGCGGGGCACACGCGCACGCACCGCACACAGACGUACGCACGGCCCCGGCACACGCCGCCUGAGCACACGUGCACGCACACCCACGCACGUACACAGGCACGCAGGCCCAUGCACCCCCAGCCCAGGUGCCCGGCCCCGCGUAACAGGUUGGCGCACCGUGGACCCUGGAACGUCCCACCGCGGUAGCGACCCCAUUUCCUUCCUGGGGUCCUGUGAGGGAGGGGGAAGGGGGACCCUUCCAUCAGGUCCCAGCUUCACAGUACUCACUUUUUCAGCAGGGCUUGUCGAUGGCUCUCAGUCCCUACCCUGUGUGAUUGCUUUUUAUCGACCACCCAGUGUGGCUGAAAGUGGUGUUGAUGUGACUCCCAGGGCCGCUGCGGGGUCCAGAGCUAUUUCAAACGAGCCCUUAUUUAAACCUCCAAGACUGGAGGAUCCUGCACACUGAGAAGGGCUUGGGCGGCUCCUUGGGCUCCCCCCUUGCCUUCCUUGCUUCUCUCCAUUAUUUUCUCAUGUUCGCUGAUCCCAACAUGCUCUUGAGAGGCCAUGUGACAGCUGGAUGAGGUUUUCCCAGGCCUCCCCUUACCAUUUCCAGCUUCAUCCAGUACCUCUGCUUCCUUUCCCACAACUCCAUGGGAAUGUGUGCUGGGAUGGGGGCAGGCAGGGGAGAGGCGAGGCGAUGGCACAAAAUACCUGCCUUUUUCCUCACUUUAAUCACGGGUGCCCUUGACCACGUGGCUCGCAGGACCCCACAAUGGUGUGUGGUGCUGGGCAGCUGAGCAAGGCCUGCUCUGGGGGAGGACUCCUAAAAGGGGAGGGCAGGAGUCUCUGGGAGGGCUUGCUGGUGGAGGUGGCCUUGGGUUGGCCUUAUCCCCAGGCCUGCUUGGGCCAAGCCUUAGGAGGAGGUCCAGGUUGCAGAGAAGGAGGGGCAGGCGACUCUGAGGCUGGGCCGAGGGUCUGCCAGGCCUAGGGGAGGCCCAUGAGGCCCCAUAUCCACCAGCUGAGCUGGCUUCCGGGCGGGUGACUUCUGCUGUCAUGUGACGGCUCUGGCCUUGGCACCUUCUACCAGGAGGGAGGGAAGGAAGCCCACAGCCUUGGCUCCCCAGCUUCCUCCUGGCCCGCUAAUAGCCUUAGGUGGUGGAAGAAGGGCUUGUUGAAAUGCCCAGCCUUCCAAACAGAAUUUGGAGACUGGUGCAGGAGUUAGGAACAAUGUGGGGGGGGAAUGGGGAGAUAUUGGGGUGAGGCGGUGCUUACUGUGGGCCUUGGAAGACCUUUAUGAGCUGUCACUGGAAGCCUCAACCCCCACUGAGAUGCCCCUUCCGGGGAUCCCAUUCCCGAGGAGCUCUACGAGAUGCUGAGUGACCACUCCAUCCACUCCUUCGAGGACCUCCAGCGCCUGCUGCAGGGAGACUCCGUAGAUGAAGAUGGGGCUGAGUUGGACCUGAACUUGACCCGGUCCCAUCCCGGUAGCGAGCCGGAGAGCCUGUCUCGGGGGAGAAGGAGUGUGGGCUCCCUCGCCAACAUCGAGCCGGCCGUGAUCGCCGAGUGCAAGAUCCGCACCGAGGUGUUUACGAUCUCCCGGCACCUUGUAGACGGCUCCAAUGCCAACUAUAUGGUGUGGCCGCCCUGCGUGGAGGUCCAGCGCUGCUCCGGCUGCUGCAACAACCAGCAUGUGAAGUGCCGUCCCACGCAGGUGCAGCUGCGGCAUGUCCAGGUGAGAAAGAUCCAGAUAGUGAGGAAUAAGCCAGUCUCCAGGAAGAUCACGGUGACCUUGGAGGACCAUUUGGCAUGCAAGUGUGAGACGGUGGCAGCUGCCCGGUCCGGGACCCGGAGCCCGGGGAGUCCCCAGGAGAAGCGAGCCAAGAUGCAAACUCGGGUGACCAUUCGGACGGUGCGAGUCCGCCGGCCCCCCAAGGGGAAGCACCGGAAGUUCAAGCACACGCACGACCAGAUGGAACUGAAGGAGACCCUGGUUGCUUAGGGGCGUCUGCAGGAGAGUGUGGGCAGGGUUAUUUAAUAUGGAAUUUGCUGUAUCGCCCCCAUGGGGUCCUUGGAGUGAUAAUAUUGUCCCCCUCGUCCGUCUGUCUCGAUGCCUGAUUCGGACGGCCAAUGGUGCUUCCCCUGCCCCUCCACGCGUCUGUUCUCCCCUCCACCAGCGGCCUCCGUGGCUGGCGCAGCGGCUCGAGAAGAAAACAAGGGACCUGAACUCCGUCUCCAUCAUCCUCCUUUAUCCCAGGGAUUGGGAUGAGAGUGCAAGAGAGACGGAUGGGGCUGCUGUUUGGGGAAAGGGGCUCCCUUCCCUCAGGCCACAUCCAAGCACAGUGGCCUGGCCCGAAAAGCCCUGCCCAUGGCCCGAAGGACUUCUCUGGGGGGGUCCGCCUGGGCCCUGGACCCCUGGCCUACUUGCAGGGGAAACACCCCCAGACAGGCAGGUGGUACCUCUGGCCUUGUGCUCCCAUGGCUCAGACCAUGUCGGGGAGCAUAGACGAGGAAACCCCUUUCUGUGGGGCCCAGGCCCAGUCACCCCCUCUCCCUGGUCACCUCUGCGCACAGUGGCUUCUUUUCAUUUACACGAACCUUUGAAGACAUGGACUCUACAAGGUGGACGCGGCUGGAGCGCCAGUGGCCGAGUGCCCUCUCAGAUGGAUUAGAGAUGAAGCUGGUUCUUGGGGUGGAUGUAGAUGGUGACCUGGGCAUCUUCUUGACUUCUCCUGCCGCGUGCCUCACUCCUUCACUUCCUCUGCUGUUUCAUCUCAUCUCUACCUCCAGUCUACACCCCCCCCUUGCCCCAGCCUGUCAGACCAGCCCCUUACUGAGGCUCCAAAUGACCCCAGUCACUGUUCCCUAAGGCAGAAGACCAGGGGUCAGGCCGGCAAGGGGCCUGCCCAUUAUAUUCCAGCCCAGCCAAGACUGCCGUGUAAGGUUGGGCAGGAUGUGCACUGCACAAAGGCACCCCCAUGCAGAGGGCACCACUCAUAAUACUGCAGACCUGGUCGAUUGGUUUAUUUAUUAUGACAGUAUUCUGGCAGAUGGAAGUAAAGUGUCUUGAGGAAGGAGAUCCUUUUCCUAAUUCACACAAAGGCUCUGUGUGGACCGGCUGGAGUGGUCUGGCAAGAGCAAGCCCAUGGUGGUGGGGGGGAGGCAACACUGUUGUCCGUCUGGCCUCCGUUUCCCAGAGUCCUCAGCUCCAACAGUGCCCCUUCCAGACAGGUGUGAGAAACCCAAGAGAAGGUCUGUAAGGGAGGGAGCAGCCCCUCACUCUCCAGUCUGCACCCCCUUCCCUCCCAACUUAGACCCUUUCAAGUUCCACCUUUGGCAGCUCCUCCCAGGAAACCGGCUCCCAGGCUGGGAGUGGGGGAGACAAGGGGAAGGGUUCCCAGUACUUCCUGGGGCAGGGGUCUGAGCACCCACCCCCCUUCUCCUCUCCCACUGCAUUCCCUCCCUUCUCCAAAAUCUGCUUCCUUCAGUUUGUAAGGUCGGUGAUUAUAUUUUUGGGGGCUUUCCUUUUAUUUUUUAAAUGUAAAAUUUAUUUAUAUUCCGUAUUUAAAGUUGUAAAAAAAAAAAAAGUAACCACAAAACCAAA